CCCUGGAUUCCUAGACCACCCCCUCUCCCCUCCCCGCCCCCAGACAUUCAGAUCUCCCGACUCCAGCCUCCAGAACUCCAGAUCCCUAGGCCUCCAGGCUCCCAGUUCACCCUGGCCUUCAGAUGUUGAAUCCAAGGUGACACAUCAGCGAGAAGCAGUGCGCGGAAGGCACAGGAUGAAUCGGGCCAAGCCCACCACUGUCCGCAGGCCCAGUGCUGCGGCUAAGCCUUCAGGACACCCUCCACCAGGAGACUUCAUUGCUCUGGGCUCAAAGGGUCAAGCCAAUGAAUCAAAGACAGCCUCCACCCUGCUGAAGCCUGCCCCUUCUGGGCUGCCUUCAGAGCGCAAGCGGGAUGCUGCAGCUGCUUUGGCUGGUGCCUCGGCCCUGACAGGCCUCACCAAACGCCCCAAGCUCUCCUCCACCCCUCCUCUGAGUGCCCUGGGACGCCUGGCUGAGGCUGCAGUGGCAGAAAAACGAGCUAUCUCCCCCUCAAUUAAGGAGCCGUCUGUGGUCCCAAUUGAAGUCCCGCCCACAGUGCUGCUGGAUGAGAUCGAAGCUGCGGAGUUAGAAGGCAAUGACGACAGGAUCGAGGGAGUGCUGUGUGGGGCUGUGAAGCAGCUGAAGGUCACCCGAGCCAAGCCCGACAGCACCCUGUACCUAAGUCUCAUGUACCUGGCCAAAAUCAAACCCAACAUUUUUGCCACAGAGGGUGUCAUCGAGGCUCUCUGUAGCCUCCUUCGGCGCGACGCCUCCAUCAAUUUCAAGGCCAAGGGGAACAGUCUGGUAUCUGUGCUGGCCUGUAAUCUCCUUAUGGCUGCAUAUGAGGAGGAUGAGAACUGGCCUGAGAUUUUUGUCAAGGUGUACAUCGAAGACUCCCUGGGGGAGCGGAUCUGGGUGGACAGCCCGCACUGCAAGACGUUCGUCGACAAUAUCCAGACAGCAUUCAACACCAAGAUGCCCCCCAAGAGCAUGCUCCUUCAGGGGGAGGUGGGGCGCAGUGGAGGAGAACUGAGUGCAGGGAACAGCCCUCACCCCUCCCUCACUGAGGAGGAAGACAGCCAGACGGAGCUGCUGAUCGCCGAGGAGAAGCUCAGUCCUGAGCAGGAGGGCCAGCUCAUGCCCAGGUAUGAUGAGCUCACGGAGAGUGUGGAGGAGUAUGUUCUGGACAUGCUCCGGGACCAGCUCAACCGGCGCCAGCCCAUUGACAAUGUCUCACGGAACCUCCUGCGGCUCCUCACUUCCACCUGCGGGUAUAAGGAAGUGCGGCUCAUGACGGUGCAGAAGCUGGAGAUGUGGCUGCAGAACCCCAAGCUCACCAGGCCAGCCCAGGACUUGCUGAUGUCUGUCUGCAUGAACUGCAAUACCCAUGGCUCCGAGGACAUGGAUGUUAUUUCCCACCUGAUCAAAAUCCGUCUCAAGCCCAAAGUCCUCCUCAAUCACUACAUGCUCUGUGUCAGGGAGCUGCUGAAUGCACACAAGGACAACCUGGGCACCACCAUCAAGUUUGUGAUUUUCAAUGAACUUUCCAAUGCCCGGAACCCAAACAACAUGCAGAUCCUCUAUACUGUGUUGCAGCACAGCUCGGAGUUGGCACCAAAGUUCCUGGCCAUGGUGUUCCAGGACCUGCUGACCAACAAGGACGACUACCUCCGCGCUUCCCGGGCCCUGCUCCGGGAGAUCAUCAAACAGACCAAGCAUGAGAUCAAUUUCCAGGCCUUCUGCCUUGGACUCAUGCAAGAGCGCAAGGAGCCCCAGUACCUGGAAAUGGAGUUCAAGGAGCGGUUUGUGGUGCAUAUCACAGAUAUUCUGGCUGUAUCCAUGAUGCUGGGCAUCACAGCCCAGGUGAAGGAGGCCGGCAUUGCCUGGGACAAAGGAGAGAAAAAAAACCUUGAGGUGCUGCGCUCCUUCCAGAACCAGAUUGCGGCGAUCCAGCGGGAUGCUGUCUGGUGGCUCCACACUGUCGUCCCCUCUAUCAGCAAACUUGCCCCUAAGGAUUACGUGCACUGCCUCCACAAGGUGCUUUUUACAGAACAGCCCGAGACCUACUACAAGUGGGACAACUGGCCACCUGAGAGUGACCGCAACUUCUUUCUCCGCCUCUGUUCGGAGGUGCCCAUCCUGGAAGACACGCUUAUGCGAAUCCUGGUCAUUGGGCUGUCCCGGGAGCUCCCACUCGGCCCCGCUGAUGCCAUGGAGCUGGCUGACCACCUAGUGAAGCGAGCUGCGGCUGUGCAGGCGGAUGAUGUAGAAGUUCUGAAGGUGGAGAGGAUCCAGUUGAUUGAUGCUGUGCUGAACCUGUGCACCUACCACCAUCCGGAGAACAUUCAGCUCCCCCCAGGGUAUCAGCCUCCAAAUCUUGCUAUCUCCACCCUCUACUGGAAGGCUUGGCCCCUGCUGCUGGUUGUUGCUGCCUUCAACCCGGAGAACAUUGGCCUAGCUGCUUGGGAGGAGUACCCCACACUGAAGAUGCUUAUGGAGAUGGUGAUGACAAAUAAUUACUCCUAUCCACCUUGCACCCUGACUGAUGAGGAGACCCGGACAGAAAUGAUUAAUCGGGAACUGCAGAUCUCUCAGCGUGAGAAGCAGGAGAUUCUGGCCUUUGAGGGACAUUUGGCAGCUGCUUCCACCAAGCAAACCAUCACUGAGAGCAGUAGCCUCCUUCUGUCUCAGCUCACCAGUCUGGAUCCCCAAGGCCCCCCUCGGCGGCCACCCCCCCACAUCCUGGACCAAGUGAAAGGCCUCAAUCAGUCCCUCCGCCUUGGGCACCUGCUGUGCCGGAGCCGAAACCCAGACUUCCUCCUCAACAUCAUCCAGAGGCAGGCCUCCUCGCAAUCCAUGCCCUGGCUGGCCGACCUGGUCCAGUCCAGCGAGGGCUCCCUGGAUGUGCUGCCUGUACAGUGUCUGUGUGAGUUCCUGCUACAUGACGCUGCGGAUGACUCCACUUCAGGAGAAGAGGAGGAGGAGGGUGAAAGCAAAGAGCGGAAGGCCAAGAAGCGGCAGAGGCAGCAGAAGCAGCGACAGCUGCUGGGCCGCCUGCAAGACCUGUUGCUGGGCCCGAAGGCUGACAAGCAGACCACGUGCGAGGUGCUGGACUACUUCCUACGGCGCCUUGGCUCUUCCCAGGUGGCCUCCCGCGUGCUGGCCAUGAAGGGCUUGUCCCUUGUGCUCUCAGAGGGCAGCCUUCGGGAUGGAGAAGAGAAGGAGCCCCAGAUGGAGGAGGAUUCCAGGGACUCGGAGACGCUGCAGGGCUACCAGUGGUUGCUGAGAGACCUGCCCAGGCUGCCUCUGUUCGAUAGCGUCAGGACCACCACCGCCUUGGCACUGCAGCAGGCCAUCCACAUGGAGACUGAUCCACAGACCAUCAGUGCCUACCUGGUCUACCUGUCCCAGCACACGCCUGUGGAGGAGCAGAGCCAGCACAGUGACCUGGCCCUGGAUGUGGCCCGGCUCAUUGUGGAACGCUCCACUAUCAUGUCCCACCUGUUCUCCAAGCGCUCCUGUAGUGCCGAGUCGGAUGCAGUGCUGGCCGCAUUAUUGUCUAUUUUCUCAUGCUAUGUGAGGCGCAUGCGCAAGAGCAAGGAGGGGGAGGAGGUCUACAGCUGGUCGGAGUCUCAGGAUCAGGUGUUCCUGCGCUGGACAAGUGGGGAGACAGCCACCAUGCACAUCCUGGUGGUCCAUGCCAUGGUCAUCCUCCUGACGUUGGGGCCACCACCUGGUGACAGUGAGUUCCAGGCUCUGUUGGACAUCUGGUUCCCAGAGAAGAAGCCUCUCCCCACAGCCUUCCUGGUGGACACAUCAGAGGAGGCGCUGCUGCUGCCCGACUGGCUGAAACUGCGUAUGAUCCGCUCCGAGGUCCCUCGCCUGGUGGACGCUGCCCUGCAGGACCUCGAGCCCCAGCAGCUGCUGCUUUUCGUGCAGUCCUUUGGUAUCCCUGUAUCCAGCAUGAGCAAACUCCUCCAGUACCUGGACCAGGCAGUGGCCCAUGAUCCCCAGACCCUGGAGCAGAAUAUCAUGGACAAGAAUUACAUGGCUCACUUGGUCGAGGUCCAGCAUGAGAGAGGGGCAUCUGGGGGCCAGACUUUUCAUUCCCUGCUCACAGCCUCCCUGCCACCUCGGCGAGACAGCACAGAGACACCAAAACCUAAAAGCAGCCCAGAACAGCCUGCGGGCCAGGGCAGGAUCCGGGCUGUGACUCAGGUGCGGGUGCUUGGCCCAGAGGACGACCUGGCCAGCAUGUUCCUGCAGGUCUUCCCUCUGAGCCCCGGCCCACGAUGGCAGAGCUCCAGUGCCCGCCCUGUUGCCCUUGCACUGCAGCAGGCACUGGGCCAGGAACUGGCCAAAGCCCGUCAGGGGAAUCCCGAGGUGCAGGGCGUUGCAGUGCGCCUCCUGCAGGCCAUUGCCUCCUUGCUGAACUCCACGCACGGUGGGGCCUUGGUGAUGGCCAUGCAGCGGAACCAUUUCCUUGCUUGCCCACUGAUGCGCCUGCUCUGCCAGUACCAGCGCUGUGUGCCCCAGGAUACCACCUUCUCCUCGCUCUUCCUCAAAGUACUCAUGCAGACCCUACAGUGGCUGGACGGCCCUGCAGUGGAGGGUGGGCCCCUGCAGGCCCAGCUCAAGCUCUUUGCCACCCAGUACUCAGCAAGACGCAGGAUCAGUGACGUGCGGAGUGGGUUUUUACACCUGGCGGAGGCCCUGACAUUCCGUGGGGACCCGGAGGCAGUCAGCUCUACCAUCCGGGCAGUCGUCACCACUCUCAAGUCUGGGGAGACGUGUGGUGUGGAACCAGAGCUCAUUGGCAAAGUCCUCCAGGGUCUGAUUGAGGUGAAGUCCCCUCACCUGGAGGAGCUGCUGACAGCACUCUUCACUACUACCUCUGCAUUCCCGGCCUCCAGGCCCAUCGUGGUGGUGAGCUCCCUGCUUCUGCAGGAGAAGGAACCCCCAGCCUCUGGGGAGCAGGAUGCUAAAGUUUGCAGCCCAGAGGCUGUGCGGCUUGGACCCUGCUCGGGGCUGCUUGUCGACUGGCUGGAGAUGCUGGACCCAGAGGUGGUGGGCAGCUGCCCCGACCUGCAGCAGCGGCUCCUGUUCUCCCGGAGCAAGGGUAAAGGUCACCCCGGCCCCCAGGUGCCAUCUUUCCGACCCUACCUCUUGGCCCUCCUCACUCACCAGUCCAACUGGUCCACCUUGCACCAGUGUAUCCGCAUCCUACUGGGCAGGAACCGGGAGCAGAGAACUCUGCUUACUUCUAGGUUUGACCCUUCAGCCUCUCUGGACUUCCUCUGGGCCUGCAUCCAUGUUCCUCGGAUCUGGCAGGGAAGGGACCAACGCACCCCUCAGAAGCGGCGGGAGGAACUGGUGCUGCGGGUCCAGGCUCCAGAGCUCACUGGCCUGGUGGAGCUGAUGUUGGCAGAGGCAGAGGCCAGGAGCCAGGACACGGACACUGCCGCUUGCAGCCUCCUCCAGGCCCGGCUGCCUUUGCUGCUUAGUUGCUGCCGUGGAGACGACGAGAGUAUCCGGAAGGUGACAGCACACCUGACAGGCUGCAUCCAGCAGCGGGGAGACAGUGUGCUGGGAAGGCACUGCCAAGACCUGCUCCUGCAACUCUACCUGCAGCGGCCCGAGCUCCGUGUGCCACUGCCUGAGGUCCUGCUGCAUGGGGAGGGGGCCACGGGCAGCAGCGUCUGUAAGCUGGACGGCCUUAUUCACCGCUUCAUCACCCUCCUCGCGGACACCAGUGACUCCCGGUCAUCAGAGAACCGAGUAGCAGACGCCAACAUGGCCUGUCGGAAGCUGGCUGUGGCCCACCCUAUCCUGCUGCUCAGGCACUUGCCCAUGAUCGCUGCACUCCUGCAUGGCCGUACCCACCUCAACUUCCAGGAGUUUCGGCAGCAGAAUCACCUGACCUUCUUCCUGCAUGUGCUGGGUGUCCUGGAGCUACUGCAGCCGCAGGUGUUCCAGAGCGAGCACCAGGGGGCGCUGUGGGACUGUCUGCUGUCCUUCAUCCGCCUGCUGGUGAACUACAGGAAGUCCUCCCGUCUUCUGGCUCCCUUCAUCAGCAAGUUCGUGCAGUUCACUCACAAGUAUAUCACUUGCAACGCCCCUGCGGCUGUCUCCUUCCUGCAGAAGCACUCCGAUGCACUCCAUGACCUGUCCUUUGACAGCAGUGACCUGGUGAUGUUGAAGUCCCUUCUUGCUGGGCUGAGCCUUCCCAGCAGGGAUGGCAGGACCGACAGAGGCCUGGAUGAGGAGGGCGAGGAUGAGAGUUCGACUGGCUCCCUCCCUCUGGUCAGUGUCUCUCUGUUCACCCCUCUGACUGCAGCUGAGAUGGCCCCCUACAUGAAGAGGCUGUCCCGGGGCCAGACUGUUGAGGAUCUGCUGGAGGUUCUGAGCGACAUAGAUGAGAUGUCCCGGCGGAGACCUGAGAUCCUGGGCUUCUUCUCGACCAACCUGCAGCGCCUCAUGAGCUCAGCCGAGGAGUCCUGCCGCAACCUGGCCUUCAACCUGGCCCUGCGCUCCAUCCAAAACAAUCCCAGCAUCGCUGCCGACUUCUUGCCCACAUUCAUGUACUGCCUGGGUAGCCGGGACUUCGAAGUGGUGCAGACAGCCCUCCGGAACCUGCCAGAGUACACCCUUCUCUGCCAAGAGCACGCGGCGGUGUUGCUACACCGGGCCUUCCUGGUGGGCAUGUACGGCCAGGUGGACACCAGCGCCCAGAUCUCCGAGGCCCUGAGGGUCCUGCACAUGGAAGCUGUGAUGUGAGCCCUCAUAGCCUGACUACGCACCAGCCCAAUCCCUCAGCUGACCCACUUGGUCCCUGGGACAGCCCAGGAGGCUGUGGCCACUGGUGGUCUCCAAGAGGAGGGACGGGUGCCCAGUGACCUGAAGACUGGAUGGGGAAGCACUCAGCCCAUGACCAGUGGCUCUGAGUCAGUAGCUGGCAUGGGGCAUGCCCGUUUGUCACCCUGCUUGCAAAGUAACAGGUGACACAUCCUGGCUAGGAAUACUCAUGUCCCGGAUGUUGUGUUAAAGGACUGAUCAUAAAUGAAAGUUUAUCUUGACUGCCUGUGUGGUUUGCCUCCCAAGGUACUGGGAGUGAGUGGGGCCCUGGAGGUGGACACCUGUCCUGAUGGGCAUAUGGGGAGUCCAUGUGGAGCCGGCCUGUGCACGUGAUCUCAGCCCCUCCUA